ACGGUCGAAAGAGAGGCAGAAAAAGAGUGUCAGAGGACUCGUAUCCUAAGCACCGGAUGCGUAGGAUGAUAAGGAGACACAGAGAUCUCCGUGCGGGCGGACUGACCGUGACGUCCCAGCACUCGGUCCCUCGCUCUUUCACGAAGGACAGUCUCCCUUGCUUCCCACAUGUUCAAGUCCCUUUAGCCUCACCUCUCGCGGCCGAGGGAGUGUCAUGAGGCUGAGUCGGGUCAUGAAACUAUGCAAUCAGACUUGGGUUAUGAGGUGAAGUGUUAAUUACACGUUGAUAUCAAACAUACGCGCGCGCGGCGAGCAUGACCUGCAGCGUCGAUGGCACUUCCUGACCUCCCCGUCCGCGAGGCCAUGGAGGGCGACGGCGCCGUGGGUGCCAUGGGUGCCAUGGGUGCCACGGGUGCCGAGGGCGUCAUGAGCGAGGAGGAGCGCCUGGCCGAGAGCGAGCACAUGAUCAACCUGACCGUGGCCGUGCUCAUCCUCACCAUCUUCUCCUUCUUCUUCAUCAUCAUCCUCGCCAUCCUGUGCUUGAACUGGCUCGAGAGGAAGAGGAAUGGAUUCAUGGGCCAGAGUCUGCUGCUUCCAACCGGCCCCGUGCCAGGCUACAUGACAGUUUUGACAAGCGACCAUCCUCACCUACGGCUGCUUGGUCACUAUCGACUCGAACCUGUACAUCCAUCCAAACAGAAGACGCACCUCUUCACGGAGCUGCACUACGACACCCCGCAGCACCUCAUCCACUACGACACUGACACCGUGCGGGAAAAACGAAUGUCUUACUGAUUCCGACUGAGGGAUACGAGCCUGAAACUUUUUAUUUUUUAUUAUUAUUAUUAUUAUUAUUAUUUUAUAGAUAUGGAUUCACUUAUUCGAUUUCUUUUAUCAUUUUAAUUGGUUAGUUUUUUUUUUAGUUUUUGAUAUAUUUAUUCAGGCUAUUUCUUUUUAUUUGUUGUGUUUAUUGGAUCAGAAUAAACGAAACGAGUCUUCUUCAAUUAUUCACUUCAUCUCUAAUUUUUUUUUUUACUCCGGUGAAAAUGUCUAUACAUUUAUUUUUUCAUUUUCUUGAUUAUUCAUUAUAUCUUUCUUUUCCUGUUUAUUGGACAUGUAUUUAUUGUAUCUAUAUUUUUUUCUCACGUUUUUACCCGCUUCGUUUAUCUCUAACUCAGUAUGAGACUUUUAUUUGUAUCUUUAUUUAGGAUAUAUUUAUAUAGUUAAUAUGUGUCUAUGCCUUAACUUCCUGAGUAAUUAUUGUGUUUAUUUCCUUAUUCUAUUUCUCUUGUUUACUUUAUUUAUUCGGUUUAUCCAUUUAUCCAUGCCUUCACUUUCGGAGUAAUUUUAGAUAUCUUUUUAUUAUCUUUAUAUUCAUGGCUUACUCAUAGCCAUUUUUACCUGGCUCGUUUAUCUGUGCUUCACCUGUGUACACCACCGGACUGAAAUGCCCUUUGCAUGUCUUUCCUGAAGCUUUCAAGGACCGGGAUAUAAGAAAAAAGAAAAAAAAAAAAAAAAUGUCAGCUAAUAAAUCGGGUGAAACGA